AUGCAUGAUAUUGGCACAAGUAAAAACUAUAUAAUAAUUUCAGUUGGAAGACGACAUGUAAAAGCAGGCUUUUCAAAAAAAAUGGAACCAUUUGUAAUUCUGCAAACAAACGAACUUUUUUCCAAGUGUGUGGAUAUUUUGGAAAUCGCCGGUAAUAAUACAACUUUCUCAGAUGAAUCAAGCUAUGUAACAGUUUUUAAAGAUUCUAACAACUGGAAAAGAAGCUGGAGCUCUUUAAUACGCAUGUUAUAUACUGACUAUUUAAUGUCAAAUCCUAAGGACUACCCAGUAAUACUACUAGAGAGACCGUUUUUUCCAAUAGAACUUUCUAAUUAUAUUACACGAAUUCUAAUUGAAAAUUAUCAGGUUCCUGGAGUCAGAAGAGUUAGUGAGCCAAUAGUGAGUCUUUUCACAACAGGAUUUAAAACAGGGAUAGUGGUUGAUAUAGGAACAAACGAAACAAUCAUUUGCCCUGUUUAUAAUGGAUAUCCUAUUGAAUAUAAUGUUAAAAUUAUACAUUGUGGGUAUGAUGAUUUUAAGAAAAAAUUUAAGAGUGAAUUAUUUGCUCAAUAUAAAGAAAAUCCAGAAGAAGGCAUAGUUAAAGGGAUAAACAAUGACUUAAUGGAUGAUAUUAUCUUUCAGAGUGGAAUAGUCAAUUGUGAAUUAAGUCAUGAUAAUGAAAACAUAAAUAUUUCAGAUUUUAAAUAUGAAUAUUUACUAAUAAAUAAUCAAUAUAUUAAUUUAAUUGUUGACAAAAAUACCAGAACCAUGCCUUUUGAGAUUUUCUUCGGAGAUAAAGUAUCUUCUAAUGUAGAAAUAAUUCACCACAUUGUUUUGGAUGGUAUUAUCCAAGUUUUAAAAGAUUCUAAUGUUGAUAUUAGAAAAGAGCUUUCCCAAAAUAUACUAAUUUGUGGUGGGAUUGCCUCAGCUCCAGGCUUUGAAAAGAGGGUUUCUUCCGAGCUUGAAGAAUUAAUUUCAAAUGACAAGCUAUUAAAGCCUUUGGCUGAUCACUUCUUCGUCACUUGCCCUCCAAUUUCACCUUUUAUCAGAUCAUACUAUGGUGCAGCUAUUAUGCUUCAAAAUGAAAAACCCAAUUAUAAUUUUGAAAGCACAGAUUUACAAACAAUCACCUCUAAAAUUAAUUCUAAGUUAGAAAUUGUGUAA